AUGGAACACAACUUGGACUUCACUACGGUGGACUUGCAACGCGACUUCGACGAGACCGCCGAGCUCGCGACGUGCGCCGAGCAGCCGGAGGGCGUGCUGCCGAAGUUGCUCGCGAUGCUCGUCGCGAGGCGGCGCUCGGUGAAGAGGCAGAUGAAGGCGCUCAGCAAAAACUGUGCUGAGUACGCCGCGCUGGACAUCAAGCAGCUGUCGGUGAAGCUCGUGGCGAACUCGCUGUACGGCACGCUGGGCUACGUGCGUUCGCGCUUCUACGCGCCGCAGAUUGCGGCGCUGAUCACGGCGCACGGGCGCAAGGCCUUGCGCGACGCCAAGCUGCUCAUUGAGCAAAGCUUUCCGUACCAGGUGAUUUACGGCGACACUGACAGCUUGAUGCUUUCGACCGGGAUCACCGCCUCCGGCGCCACAGUGCGCGAGACGUACGCGACCGCGUUGCAGCUGGCGCACGAGGUCGUGGCCGAGGUGAACAAGCAGUACCGCAAACUCGAGCUCGAGUUCGAGUCUGUGUUUCGGCGGCUGCUGUUGGUCGGCAAGAAAAACUACGCGGCGGCGGUCUUCGUUAGACUUUUAGCAAUCCGCUGA